GUCCUGCUGUGCAAUUGGGAAAAGCAAGUGGCAACACAACAACAAACAAGAAGCAAGACAAGAAGCAAAACACCCACCACCCACCACCAUACACACCCACCAACACACAGCACGGGAGCAUGGAGGGGAGCAAGAAGAAGAAGCGAGUGGGCGUCAAGUUCGCCGCAGAGGCGGAGGUGAUGGUGCACGAGGACCCGAGCGACGUGCCAAAGCCAAGCGCUGGCAAGCUGAGGCGCGUCAAGGUGCCCGUGAAGGCCGGCGACGGCAGCAAGCCGGACGCGGAUGGCGCGCAGGAGGAGAACGAAAUCACACGCAAGCGCCGCGGCCUGCGGCGAAAGCCAACCGUCAAGGGAGCCAACGAAGUCAUCGACGCAGGGCUCAAGCAGGGUGUGCUGUACCAUGACGUGGACAAAGGUCAACCGUGCUUCUCGUGUGACAACUGCCCGGGCUUCGAGAUGCACUUCUGGCGCAAGACGUGCACCAAGUGUGGCUGCCCAAAGUCCAGCCACGGCUUCAAGGAGCUGCCCACGCGCUCUGUCGGCAAGCUGAGCGGCUACGACAUGUACCAGCAGGGGACACCGAAUGAGGAUGUGCGUGCGCGUGUGCGUCGCAUCAGAGAGCAGCGUGGAGAUCAGGACGUGGACGGAGAGAUGACGGUGGAGGAUGUGGAGGAGGCGGUGCGGCAGCUCAACAACGAGAACGCAGUCGAUGAUGGUGGCGACAACAACGACAACGAUGAUGGCCAUGAUGGCGGUGAUGAUGAUGACAUGGAGACUGGCGAGCUGAUGGGCUUUGAGGCGCCAGAGCUGACGGAUUUGCCCGAAAUGGAAUCGUUCGAGGACGUGUCUGACGAUGAUGAUGAUGAUGGCGAUGAUGGCGAUGAUGGCGAUGAUGAUGGUGAUGGUGAUGAUGUACAGGGGCAGGAAGGGGAGGAGAAGGAGAAAGAGGAAGAGGAAGAGGUGAAAGCGGAGGAACCAGAACCAGAACCAGAGCCAGAGCCAGAACCUCCGAAGGGCCCCUCUGAUGCCAUCCUGAAAAAGUACACGUGGGUGCCUGACGGACUUUGCGACGAUGAUAUUGAGCGCUAUUUCAAGGCGUUUCCCCGAGAUAUCGUCCCUCUCCGCGGCUCACCUGGGGCCGGGUGGCGGCUGCGACAGCUUGAGAUCCAGCUGCCACCGCACGAUGUGGACAAGGCGCUGUGUUCGGGCCUGAAGCACCACGACUACCCUGCCUACGACGCAUUCAACGCCGACAAGAUUGCAUACGCGUGUGACAGCGGUGUUGCUGUUGUGAUUGAUUCGCCGCGGAUUUGUUUCCGCUGCGGGCAAGGCCUCUUCCCAGGCGACUUGGCUGUGACCACGGAGCGAAUCGUUGACGAGACCGGGCAGACGGCCGUCUACCACCACGACACUUGCUUCGUGUGCGAGGCGUGCGACUCGCCGCUCGCUGACCUCUUCUGCUUCGUGACGCCCGAGGAGCAAUUGGUGUGCGGCCGCCACUACGCCGAUCUGUACCGCCCCCGGUGCCACGCCUGCGACGAAACCAUCUUCGAUCAAGACUAUGCAUUUGCGGAAGAGCACAAUUGGCACCGGGAGCAUUUCUGCUGCUACCGCUGUGACGCCCACCUCAUUGGCAAAGACUACAUCGCCCUCUCUGGCGAGCCCGUGUGUCUGGACUGCUUUGGGGAUGAGUUUGCAGAGCGCUGUGCCGCCUGCCAUCAGCCCAUCGGCGUCAACGAACAGAAAGUCACAGACGGCAAGAGGCGCGGCAAGGUGUGGCAUCGGUCGUGCUUCGUGUGCGCGGCCUGUCAUCAAGAGCUGCACGGCCGCGUGUGUGUCCCUCGUGACGGAAGACUCUAUUGCCGGGAGGACUAUGAUCGAAUCUUCAAGAAGAUCGCGCGCAAGAGUAUGCGGUCAAAGCCGCGCGUGCGCGCUGCACUCGGCGAAUCGGACAUUUGGUCCAUGGCACAGGACUUUUGACACGUGCUGUGUUGUGUGUGUGUGUGUUUGUUUGUUUGUUUGUUUGUUUGUUUGUGUGUCGUUGUGCUUGUGUGAUAUGAGUGUGGUGUGUGUGUGUGAUAUGAGUUUUGACUCACGUCGCGUGUGCGUUCAUGUGCACACGCUUGCUUGUGCGAUGUGUUUGACAAGUGUGUCGUAUGUGUGAGUGCACGCACGCAUGCGUGUACAUCGUUGUGCGUGUCGCUGUUAUGGUGCUGUUGUGCGCGCGUGCACGGCGUUGCCAUUGAACCACGAGUUAAUAUGUAGUGCGCACGAAUGCACGUUGCUCACGAAAAGAGACGAAAGGCGCAAAGAGGAC